CUGCAGAGGUCUCUGCGAUCAGACGGCCCUCCACAGAGCGUUACAGUUUAACCUGACUCACUUUGUUUUCCGUGCCUCAUACGAAAUCCAGGAGAGGCACAGGACUCUAAAGCUGAAUUACCAGAGAGAAUUAACUCCGACGUGAAUAGGGUGUGCAGGGAGCAAUUCUAAUUAGAGGAAGAGAGAGGAAGCAAACGCCAGAUGUUUUCCACAGCAGUCCUCAUUUCAGCUGCCUUGAUUUCCACCGCCCUGGCAGGACCAUGGGUUAACAUAUGUGCCAGCAGAUCUUCCAACCAGAUCCGGACGUGUGACAGCUAUGGCUGUGGUCGGUACUCUGCUCAAAGAACCCACAGGCAUCACCCAGGUGUGGAUGUCCUGUGCUCCGAUGGCUCUGUGGUGUAUGCGCCGUUCACUGGGACCCUAAUGGGUCAGGAGAAACCCUACAGAAACAAAAACGCCAUCAACAAUGGCGUACGACUGUCCGGAAGAGGUUUCUGUGUCAAAAUUUUCUACAUUAAGCCAACUAAGUAUAAAGGUUCUAUCAAAAAGGGGGAGAAACUGGGCACCCUUCUGCCCCUGCAGAAAGUUUACCCUGGCAUACAGUCACAUGUACACAUUGAAAACUGUGACUCCAGCGAUCCCACUAUGUACCUGUGAGCGAAGACAGAGACAGAGCUCCUAAUCCCAGGGCCACCUCAGAGACCGGAGUGCAUCCUGCUCCUGAAGAAAUACAUUUUCAAACAGAAACACGGAUCAGUGCAAAACCCCCAAUUCUGAUUCCCACUCCUCAGUGGUCUGAGGCAUGGGCUCUCCCCUUCCGGCCACCCAGAGAACCAGGGUGUUGUCGUGUCUUAGAUUUCUAACUCCCAAUGACUGAAAUAAACAGAUGAAUUCCAAUGA